AUGGAUGAACCAAAAAACCUUUCUUCUCUUCAUCUAGGGGACAAUCUUCUUACUGGAGACAUUCCUAAUUGCUUGAUGAAUUGGAAAAGGUUGGUGAUGUUAAACUUAAAAAGUAACAAUUUGAGUGGGAACAUUCCAAGCUCCAUAGGAUACUUAAAAAGGCUGACCUCACUGCAGUUGCACAAUAAUCAGCUAUCUGGAGAAUUACCUUUGUCCAUGCAGAACUGUACAGACUUGUUAGUUGUUGACCUUGGCAAAAACAAGUUUGUUGGCAGCCCUCUGACAUGGAUUGGGAAAAGCCUUUCGAUUUUGAAGGUUCUUAACAUUCGUUCAAAUAACCUUCAGGGAGACAUUCCUUAUGAACUCUGUUAUCUGAAAAGUCUCCAAAUCUUGGAUCUUGCACAGGACAAUCUAUCAGGAACAAUACCAAGAUGCUUCCACAACUUUAGUGCAAUGGCCACCUUUCCAAAUUCAUUGAUCUUGACAUUUGCUGAAUAUUUAAUGGAUAAUGUGAUCUUGUUUACAAAAGGGAGAGGAGCAGAAUAUGGUCGCAAAAUGCUUAAAUUGGUAAAAAGCAUGGACCUUUCAGACAACAUGAUAUAUGGUGAGAUCCCUGAGGAACUGACCACUCUCGUUGGGUUGCAAUCGCUGAAUCUAUCGAAAAAUCUUUUGGCUGGAAGAAUCCCUUCAAAUAUUGGUGACAUGAAAUGGUUAGAAUCUAUGGAUUUUUCAAUGAACCAAUUUAGUGGUGAAAUUCCUCCGAGCACAGCGAGUUUGACAUUUUUGAGUUAUUUGAACUUGUCCUACAAUAAUUUGACGGGACAAAUUCCGAAAAGCACUCAGCUCCAGAGCCUUGAUGAGUCUUGCUUUAUCGGCAAUGAACUUUGCGGAGCUCCACUCGACAAGAAUUGCAGUGCAAAUGGGGUGAUACCACCACCAGCAGUUGAGCAACACAGAGGAUACCAUUUACUUGAAGACGGUUGGUUCUAUCUUAGCUUGGGACUGGGGUUCAUGUUUGGUUUUUGGGGUGUACUUGGUUCGUUGCUGCUAAACAUGCCAUGGAGCAUUGCUUUUUCCCGAUUUCUAAAUAGCAUGGUAGUUAAACUUUAUGGUGUAAUUGUUGAAUAUAUUUAG